GUUGAGCAGAGGUAUUCGGUAGAAAGAUGACCGAAUGAAAGGGUGAUUGUCAAAAGGGGAGUUCAGUGCGAAAGAAUUGAUGAUGAUUCCGAAACGAAUAAGUCAGCUUCUUAACAAUAUUGUUGAUGGAGACAUCUGCAGAGAAAAACAGAAUGCAAUGUUUGAUUUAACCAUGAUUCAACCAUAUUUGAAAGGGUUAACACUAAGACCGUACCAGGUAGACGGAGUGAAAUGGGUGGUUGCCCGUUGCCUAAAAAAUCAUGGAUGCAUUCUUGGUGAUGAAAUGGGUCUUGGCAAAACUUGUCAGACUAUUGCAGUUCUGUUGUACCUCGCUAUGGUAAAGCAAAAGAGACAUUUUCUAGUGGUCUGCCCUCUGUCUGUCUUGGCUAAUUGGAAAGAUGAAUUUGAAAAGUUUGCACCUUGCUUGGAAAUUGUACGCUAUAUUGGCAAUAAAGAGACAAGAGAAAACAUACAAACAAGAAUGAACAACGGAUCACAAAAUUAUCACGUUCUGUUAACAACAUAUGAGAUGGUCUUAAAAGAUGUUGCAUUCCUUGAGAGAACAUCUUGGGAUGCGUUGGUAGUUGACGAAGCACACCGGCUCAAAAACUCAAACUCAAUGCUUCAUCAGGCACUCAAUAAUUUUGAUGUAAUGCUUCGGUUUCUCCUAACGGGUACACCAGUGCAGAACAAUUUGAGGGAGCUCUACAAUUUGCUCGCCUUCAUCGCACCGCAGAUAUUCAAACACAAGUAUUCGGAUGACUUCAUCGAUUAUUUUGCAAACAUAGAUAAUAAAACUGUGAAGAUUCAACUGCAUGAUUUGCUUUCACCUUUCUUGCUGCGGAGAACUAAGUCAGAGGUUGUACUGGAUCUACCAAAGAAGAAAGAGGUGAUUUUGUUUCAUGGACUAACAGCCCUGCAGAAGAAAUAUUACAAAGCUGUGCUCUUAAAAGACCAUGAUGCUUUUGAACAAGGCUCCCUUGGUACUUCAAAGACAAGGCUCAUGAACAUCAUGAUUCAGCUUAGGAAAUGUGUUAGUCAUCCAUAUCUAUUUGAUGGGGUUGAACCGGAACCCUUUGAACUUGGCGAACACCUAGUAGAAGCAAGUGGUAAACUACACCUGUUGGAUCAACUACUCCUGUUGCUAUACCAACAAGGUCAUAAGGUUUUAAUCUUCUCACAGAUGACUAGGAUGUUAGAUGUUGUACAGGAUUACUUAGGGUUCAGAGGCUAUUCAUAUGAAAGGUUGGAUGGCUCUGUGAGAGGUGAGGAGCGCUUCAUAGCCAUCAAAAACUUCAAUAAAGAUGACAACACAUUUGUAUUCCUACUGAGCACCAAAGCUGGGGGUCAAGGUUUAAACCUAGUCAGUGCAGACACAGUUAUAUUUUUAGACACUGACUUCAACCCGCAGAAUGACCUGCAAGCUUCUGCAAGAGCUCAUCGGAUCGGACAAACUCGACCAGUGAAGAUCAUCCGUUUAAUUGGUAAAGACUCUGUUGAGGAGGUGAUCCUAAGGCGGGCAGAUGCUAAACUGAAGUUGACCAAUUCAGUCAUUGAAGGUGGACAGUUCUCGUUGGGUAAUAAGAACGGCCAAUCAGAAUCUCCACAACAGCUGUCGGAAAUGCUAAAGUUUGGUCUUGAUAAACUUCUUGAGGAGAAAAACUCUGAUGAAAUAGAUCUCGAGAAGAUACUGGGACCAAGCAGGAAUGGAGAAUGGAAACUUGAUCAGAUCGAGAAAGAGGAGGAGGGGGAGGAGAAUGAAAUGCCACUCCUAAGCGAAUCGUCUGAAGAUACUCAAACACAAAGUAGUCACAUGUAUAUGUUUGAAGGGAAGGACUACUCCAAAGAAACCAGUGCUGCUGCCCUCAACGCCUUUGAUGAAAUGUUGGCAGCUGAAGUAAAGGUACAGGAAGAGAGCACAUUGGGUCAAAGGUCAAGGAGAGUAACUAGUACAGCAGCAAUACCAUUGAAAGAUCUACCGCAACGAAAACGAAAAAUUCUUACGGAUGAAGAGAAGGAAGAAAUGAGAAAGAAGCGGCAAGAGUCAGCAGCCAAGAGAGCAAGGAUGAGGGAAGAGGCUGAAGUCAGGCGUGCAGAAGAACGAAAGAGGAAGUUAGAGAAAAUGUGGGCAGACAACGAUUAUGAGUCUUGCAGCUUACCGCUGCAUUCGGAUGAUGAAGAUGAAGAAGAAGAGCGCCCUCAAGUAGAUAUUGAUGAUGAAGAUAACUAUUCUCUGGGUUACAUUAGUGGUGAUGUCACACAUCCCAUAAAUACUAAUGACAAGGAUGCCCUCAUCGUUCACUGUGUUGAUGAUAGUGGUAGUUGGGGCUCUGGUGGCUUGUUUUCAGCUAUCGAUGCCCGUUCCCCAACACCAGCUGAAAGAUAUGAACUGGCUGGUGAAAUGAAAGAUUUAUCUCUUGGUGAUGCCCACCUGAUACGAUUUGAUGAUAUAAAGGGAAAACGUAAUGGAAGAGAUUGGUUGGUAUUAGUUGUUGCUCAGCACAGAGACAAGCAUAACCACCUCUCAGGAAUCAACUUAACAUCUUUGAAGACUGCUCUUCAAAAAAUCUAUUCCAUUGCUAAACAGAAGAAAGCAAGUGUUCACUUACCAAGGAUAGGUUACGCAACACCUGGAUUUAAUUGGUAUGGAACAGAACGACUUCUCAGGAAACACUUAUCAGCCAAAGGAAUACCAGUUUUUAUAUAUUACUACCCAAGGAAAAGCCGACAAACCCAGAAACAAAUCAAACAAGAUGUGUCAAAGGUUGAUGUCCAAAAGCCAUCGACCUCAGGUCACGUGGUCAGACCCAAGUGUCCAGAAAAGUCUUCAUUACCCAAUCUUCCCAGCUUCCUUCAUGGAGUAUGCAUCUAUUUCGAUGGUGUAGAGAGUGAUCAGCGCAAGAAAUUAUCUCGCUACAUUAUAGCUUAUGACGGUGACGUUGCAAAGAACGUUAACCAGUCUGUGACGCACAUUAUUCAAGUGAACAAUGAAAAGAGUGGGCAUCAUGACUCCCAGGCUAAAGUAGUGGAUGAGAAAUGGAUGUGGAAGUGCAUAAGGAAACAGAAACUUCUCAAGGAAUGAUUUUUUUCAGAGAAUCAUCUAUUGCAAAACGUCAAACAAAACAAAUGUAACAUUUGUAUCUUUGCAGUGCUGAACAUUAUAGCAGUAAAUCAGACACAAAAACUCAGAAACCAUUAAUAUCAUUGUUAUUAGUGGUGCCAGUGGGGAUCCAGUGAGGCACAAUACCACUGUCGAGGAGGACUUAGUAGUCGAAGAAUCUCAUCAUUGCGUUUUUUUUCAAUCUGAAAUUUAUUUCCUGGCAUGCAGGUUUUUUCUCCAAUCUUGAUCUUGGAACUCUCUUCGGACCUUCACACCCCAUCCCCCAUCAGAGAACUUACUGUUGAUGGAGGCGGAUCAUAAAACUCCAGGGCUGAGUAACUAAAAGAAGAAAGCAAAAUCGUUCGCUCAAUAGUCUGCAUUGUGAAAAAGAUUAAAGCAAGUGACGAGAAUCGGUGACAUGUAAUGCAGGAGUGUUCACAUGUUGAUUGUAAAUGGAAUUAUUACAGUAAUUCAUGUUACCUGUAUGUGCAAUAUUAUUGUUUACUGUUAUCUACUUGAAUAAAGACAUAUAAACCAGAUACUGUAA